AACGGACAUGCACUUCCGGUCAGAUGACUCGUCACGUGACACGUUUUAGCUAACAUGGCGACACCCGUGUAGAUGUAGUGUUAUUGUAGCUAUGGGACUGUUAGUGUACAGUGUGUGGUUAUUAGUGUGUGUGUGUGUGAUGUGUGUGUGUGUGUGUGACAGCUGUGAUGUUAAACCUGCUCAGGACUGCGGCUGUAACACACUCCACAGACACCGAACUGAGGAAGAGGAGGAGGAUGAAGAAGGAGGAAGAAAUGGUCAAACUGCAGCUCAUAAAUACUCUGUUACAGCGAAUAAAGAGUUUGUUAAUACAGUGAAAAAAGAGGAAACUCUGAGUAAGAUGUUGCGUAUGCAGGGAGGUUGGUUCUUGAUGGGAACAGAUGAUCCUGGUAUCCCUCAGGAUGGAGAAGGUCCUCAGAGGCGCAUUUGGCUUGAGCCUUUUUACAUUGAAGAGCACGAAGUCACAAACCUGCAGUUCCAAAGUUUUGCUAAUAUUACACACCAUGUUACAGAGGCAGAGCAGUUUGGAGACUCGUUUGUGUUUGAAGGAUUGCUGAGUGAAGAAGUGAAGAGCUCUUUGUCUCAUGCGGUCGCUGCUGCCCCCUGGUGGUCCCCGGUUAAAGGUGCAGACUGGAGACAUCCAGAGGGUCCAGAUUCAUCUAUAACACACAGGAUGGAUCACCCGGUGCUGCACGUCUCCUGGACUGAUGCUCAGGCGUACUGUGAGUGGGCGGGGCGCAGGUUACCCACCGAGGCUGAGUGGGAGUUCGCCUGCAGAGGAGGGCUACAGGACAGGUUGUACCCAUGGGGGAAUAAACUGAUGCCCAGAGGGCAGCACUACGCUAACCUGUGGCAAGGAGAGUUCCCCAAUCACAACACAGCUGAGGACGGAUUCACACAGACAUCACCGGUGAAGAGGUUCCCUGCGAAUGCUUUUGGUCUCUAUGACAUGGUGGGAAAUGUGUGGGAAUGGACAGCAGAUUGGUGGAGUGUCCAUCACACUCGAGACAACACACACAACCCGAAAGGACCAAAAACAGGAAGUGACAGAGUGAAGAAGGGAGGAUCCUACAUGUGUCACAAGUCGUACUGUUACAGGUACAGAUGUGCAGCUCGGAGUCAGAACACUCCUGACAGCUCAGCAUCUAAUCUCGGUUUCCGCUGUGCAGCUGAUAUUACACUGUGACCUCUGACCUUUUAUAGACUCUACCUUAUUGUUGACCCCAUGCUCACAUCACAGAGUUUUAUAGUAAUAAAUUAUUUUACAGAUUAAGUGUCACCGAUGUUUUGUAAAUUAUAAUGAAAUAAACACACACCAGAGCUGUGAA